GAGCGGCGACCUGACGCGCGAGUGACGUGUCGAGGGCAGCCCCAUACGGAUCUGUGACGUGACCUCUGCAGCGUGGCAGCGACGUACGAACGAGACCGUGCCUGUGCAGGGGACGUGGGCCUGCGAGUGUGACCACUGGGGUCAGAAGACAAAUUGUGGGAGUGAGUGCGGAUUGCCCCGCUGAAGUGAGACGGCAUCGACAGGGUUCUUCCCCGUGUGAGAGGGUCCUCCGGGAGCGCCGCCUCGACUCGCAUCGGUGACUCGCGCGUGUGAGCGUCGAAGAGGGACAGCGCCGCGGUGGUCCCGUCUGUCACCUCAGCGAGCGAACAACCAGCGCCAAACUGGGGAAGCUGCGCGCUGCCACGUUUGACCUGGUGGCCGGGAGUCAUGGUGAUGCUGGCGGCAUGGACAAGAGCAAGCGGAACGACGACGUCGUCCUGUUGCUCUAUAAGAAGUCGCCGAGUGAGCCGAGCCAGCCGGCCGCCAGCUCCCCAGCCGCCAGGCCCGUCUACAUGGUGUACGACGGCGCUGACCGGCAGCCGGACGGCCCGGCACCACCAGACGCGGUGCGCCCCGUCCCUGGCGCGUGGGACGACGCCACCAUCUACGAGGACAUAGACGAGGUGGGCGACGACGGCACGCCAUUCAGCUCCGACCGGCUGGAAGUGCGCCGCCAGCUCAGCUCCGACAGCUCAUGGAGCGAGGAGUUCGAGUCAAUGUCGGAGCCGGAUGAGCCGCCGGCGCCCGCCGACAACUUCGGCGCAAUCAAACACCUUCUGCGGCGGAAGCGGAGUUCGCAGAAGCCGAAGAAGAAUGGGACGGCCCACUCGGAGCCGGCGGCGGCGGCCGUCGAGCGCAAGAGCUCGCUGGAGAAGCGCCCCUCCUCGCGGCGCGACUCGGACGAGGGCGAAGGACGCCUGAGCCGCUGGUUCUCGCUCAGGAAGUCUAGCCACUACGACAUCUCAGAGAGGACGCGCUCACUCACCAAAAUGUCCUCGGUGAGCGCCUCCCAGCUGAUCCUUGUGAGCUUGUUCUGAUGUCCUUACGCUGACAUCGGAGGGAGAUCGCGCGGGCAGUGCCUUUGCAACUGCACAUCUGGGAUGCGCAUAUUGGAUCUGAGCUACAGCCCCGGCACCAGAUAUAUCAAACGUGUUUGGUCGCACCCACAUCAAAUAGUCACAGCCAGCCAUCCGAUAUGUUCACUAUGUUUUGACGCAACCUUAUCCCGCAAAAUUUUGAACACGAUACCUGUCGGUGUCUGUGUAUGUGGCAUGAUACAGACGGACCCGUACGGAC